AUGUUCUCCCUCCACCUUUUUCUGGGACCUCUCCUCCUUGCCCUAACGACGAUCAAUGCAUCGACAACACAGAAAGAACCACGCAUGGUUCGCAAGGAUGUCGUCCGCCAGUACAACCCCGUACGCACAAGCCUCUCGACCACGACCCCUGUGCAGGUUGGCAAUGGCGAUUUCGCAUUCGGCGCCGACAUCACCGGGCUGCAGACAUUGCUCGCGUUCAAUAUCCUAUCCUCCUGGUGCUGGUGCAACGACUCUCUCCCAACAGCUCCCAACCAGACAGAACCAAGUGAUUUCACCGGCAUGGACUGGUGGACCCAUGGCCGCCUCGUGAACUAUAACAUACAUAACCCGGCUGAGGCAGAGAUCUUGCAGUGGUUAGUUGCGAACCCACACCGGGUUAAUCUUGGUCGUGUUGGGUUCCUGUAUAAGGGUCGUAAUAUAUCUGUCGAGGAAGUCAAUGACGCCGUGCAGACUUUGGAUCUGUAUAGCGGGAUUUUGACUUCAGAGUUUACCCUGCAGGGAGAAAGGGUCUCUGUCACAACGGUCGGAGACCCAGAAUCUGACAUUGUUGCCGUUGAUGUACAGUCAUCGCUAUUGCAGUAUGGCUCCCUGGUUGUCUUCUUUGAUUAUCCCUUAACAACGGGGACGAACAAGUUCGAAGCCCCCUUUGUCGGCAACUGGGCUGCGGUAUCAGCGCAUGAUACCUCGUUGAAUAGCAUUACAGAGCAAAAGUCGGUAAUCAGACACUUACUGGGGGGCACUUCCUACUUCAACGCCAUCAGAUGGGAGCAAAAAGGCAAUCUUAGCGGCCCCUUUGAAGGAACGCACCGGUACCUACUCCAGCCCGCUGGCGAAUCGAGCAGAUUCACUUUUAGUACUGGAUUCUCACCAUCGAGAAAAGUCCAAAUCAAGCCAUUUGCAUCCGUGCAGAAAGCGUCAAUGAAAUGGUGGGCUCAGUACUGGGAAUCUGGAGCGUUUGUGGACUUGACAAGAUCAGGGUCUUCAGACGCAGAGGAACUGCAAAGACGGAUUAUCCUCUCCCAGUACCUGCUCGCAGUGGACAGCGCAGGCAAAGACCCUCCGCAGGAGUCCGGGCUGCAAAACAACGGCUGGUACGGCAAAUUCCAUUUGGAAAUGGUCUUCUGGCAUCUCGGCCACUGGGCGCGCUGGAACAAAUGGGAUCUACUGCACCGUAGUCUCGACGUAUACGAGCGGUUUCUACCUUCAUCCAUUGAACGUGCGCAGAAGCAGGGAUACGCCGGUGCACGAUUAGGGAAGAUGAGUGACCCAACUGGAACAUCGGCACCUGGACCGCAAAACGCCCUCCUGAUCUGGCAGCAACCGCAUCCGAUGUUCUUCGCAGAGCUGGAGUAUCGGUUGUGGCCCAAUUCUACAACACUACACAAAUGGGGUCAUCUUCUAGAUGAGCUCGCGACGUGGAUGGUCUCCUAUGCGUGGUGGAAUGCGUCGACACAGGUAUACGAUCUUGGCCCGCCGAUGUAUCCGUCGUCGGAGAACACGAGCCCUAAUUCAACAUACAACCCGACCUUUGAACUUGCCUACUGGCGGUUCGGUUUGAAAAUUGCCUCGGACUGGAGGAUGCGGCAGGACAUUCCGGUCCCUGAGUCUUGGACCCGGGUCCUUCACAAUCUAGCACCGUUGCCUAUCGUCGACGGCGGAUAUUCCAUCUCUGCUGAUCUGCCGGAUAUGUGGACUAACGCCGCUUAUACGGCAGACCACCCAAGCCAGAUUGCCGUAUACGGCCUUCUCCCACCGACGGCUGCUGAAGAAUGUAUCCGUUGUCAAUGCUACCAUGAAUCGGAUUAUGGAAACCUGGGAUUUCAGCAAGUCUUAUGGUUGGGAUUUCCCGAUGCUCGCGAUGACAUCGCUUCGUUUAGGGGACGUGAACCAGGCUGUCGGGUGGUUACUGGAUUCGCACUUCCAGUUCGACGAUGUUGGGAAUCCUGUGGGUACGGUUGUGCCUACACCGUACUUUCCGGCGUCGUCCGCCUUGCUGCUUGCGGUUGCAAUGAUGGCUGGCGGAUGGGAUGGUCAAGAGGGCAUGCAUUUUCCGAAGCACUGGGAGCCAAAGGUUGA